AUGGAGAAGAAAUUGAUUGCCAUGGCUCGGGAGAUGGAAAAGUUUCGCUUGGAGAUUGCAAAUGAAGAGAAAAGAGCACGUGCUUCUGCUGUUGCUGCCACUGCCGCAGGGAAUCCAGGGACUGUAAUUGCAUGUGAGAACAACAACCAUGGAAUGAAGCAAUGCUAUGGAUUCAGGAAGCUUCCGUUCAAGGUGAAGAUGACUAAAGUUCUUUCACCUAUGUUAAUCUCAAAUAUUGUUAUACAUUUGUUGCAUGAACCAGGUAACAUUUAUUAUAUUUCAAAUGUAUUUUCUUGA